AAUACAAAAAGGAUUUACAUUAAAAGAAUUAAACAAAAUUAAGAUUUAUCGUCGCCUUAAGCUAAUAAUUAAUAGCAAUAAUGAGCCGUUUACAUGGUUUACUGAUGCUUACAACUUUAAUACCUUGGGUUUCGUGCUUACUUACUGAAUUAUGUGAAAGCCUGGGACAAGUACCAAAAGUUUGUACCGCUCACGCCGGCUGCAUGAUUGGAACGCAUAUGAAAGGCUAUCAGACGGAAAAAUUUGAAGCAUUUCUAGGUAUACCCUUUGCUUUACCGCCUUUGGGAGAAUUACGUUUUAGUAAUCCAAAAACCUUUCCUGCAUGGACGGGCAUAUUAAAUGCUACCGCUGCAAAAGAUGAUUGUAUACAAAAGAAUUAUUUACUACCGGAACCAAUAAUAACUGGUUCUGAAGACUGCUUGUACCUGAAUGUUUAUAGACCGAUGCAACGCUCCAGCGAGAAAUUGCCUGUUAUGGUUUACAUAUAUGGUGGUGGUUGGUUUAGCGGUUCGCCUAAUGCUCUUGUGACUGGCCCUGAGUACUUUAUGGAUAGUCAAGAAGUUAUAUUAGUAACUUUCGGCUAUAGAUUGGGGGCGUUAGGAUUCCUUUCCACUAACGAUGCCAAUAUGCCCGGUAAUUUUGGUUUAAAAGAUCAGUUAUUGGCUUUGAAAUGGGUACAAAAAAACAUAGCUGAUUUUGGUGGUAAUCCAAACUUGGUAACGUUAUUUGGACAAAGUGCUGGCGCCAUAUCAACCCAUAUGCAUAUGUUAAGCAAACAAUCUGAGGGUCUAUUUCAGGCUAUUAUAGCUAUGAGUGGCACUGCCAAUAUGCCUUUCACCAUAACCGAUAAUCCUCUCGAGCAAGCCCGAAAGACUGCUUCGCUUUGCAAUAUUAGCAAUGCUUAUGAGUUAAGUACGACCAAAUUGGUUAAAGCGUUAAGAAACGUUAGUGUGGCAACUUUAUUGAAUGCGGGCGAUGGUCUAAAAUUUUGGCAUGUUCAUCACAUGGUCAACUAUCGGCCAGUUAUUGAGUCUAGCAAAUGGCCGGAAGCUUUUCUAACACAACAUCCCAAGGUUAUACUAAAUAAGGGUAAAUAUAAGCCUGUACCUGUAUUGUUGGGCAGUGUACCGAAUGAAGGAGGUAUAGCAGCAGUACCCAUUAUGGAAAAUAAGGCUUUAAAAAAUUCUUUUAAUAAAAAUUUUACAUCUUUGAUGGAGACAUUCUUGGAAUUUCCCAAACAUUUCACUCGUUCCAAAUUGGACGAGACAAUGUCAUUAAUUAUUGAUGAAUACUUUCAGGGGCAAACUCAACUGAAUGAGAAAACUAAUCAAGGUUUUACCGAUUUAGUUUCUGAACGUGGCUUCCAUCAUCCCUUGUAUGAAACGAUAAAAGCCUAUGUGGAAACUGUAGAUACCGUAAAAUAUCCUUUAUAUUUAUAUAAAUUCAACUAUUCAGGCUUGCAUACAUACGCGACAAUUUUCAACGGUGCUAACACCAGCCGUAAUUAUGGUGUAGUGCACUGUGAUGAUUUAAUUUAUCUGUUUAGAUCGCCUUUGUUAUUCCCUGAUAUUGAUAAAAAUUCUAUCGAUGCUGAAGUUAUAAAAACAAUGGUCGGAAAUUUUGUGCAUUUCGCUAAAUAUAGAAAACCCUUGAAUAUGGCAAAUUGUGAGGUUUGUAAUAUCAAGACAUUUAAUCGUCAACCGGAAACAAUAUGUGACUAUCAACACUUCACUAGUGCGGAACCAGGAUCGUUUGUUGUUAAGACUGAUAACCAAUUUAAUAUUAAACGUAUCAAGCUAUGGCAACAUAUUUUGGACGAAUAAUUUUAAUAGAUUUGUAUUAAUUUCUUCUUAUAAGUAUUUUGUAUUGAUUUUUUUUAUUCUAUUU